AUGCGGCAACGAGCAACCCCCCCGCCGCUCCUCCUCCUCCUUUUCGCCGCCCUGGCGCUGCUCAGCGCCGUCGCGGGGCUGCAGGCCAACCUGGCCGGCGUGGUCGACUGGCACCGCGCGCAGGUGGGCGCUCCGCUCCUCGCGCCCACACCGCCGAGCGUCGUGUCCACCCCGGCGGGCGCGCUCUGGGUCGCCGUGACCGAGGCCAACGUCCUCGCUGCCAUUGACUCGACGGGCGCCGUCGCGUGGCGCCAGGUGCUGGGCAAGGACGACAAGGCCGCGAGCUACCACGUCUGCCCUGACGGAUCGGUCCUCCUCCUCUCCUCGAACGCCGCGCGCCUCUUCGACCUCGCGACUGGCAAUCCUGUGUGGGAGCGGGAUAUCGCCGCCGGCUCUGACGCAGCCUUCGUUUCCGGCGCCACGGUCGUGCUCUCGGCCGGCAAGCGCGUCACGAAGAUCAACGACGACGGCUCGGUCGCGUGGGACUUUGAGUUCCCCGCGUCCGACACGGUGCGCUUUACGAAUGUCGCCAUCUCCGGCGGCAAGGUGUAUGUCCUGGCCGAGACGUCGGGCUUCGCCAAGCCGAGCCUAUCGCACAUUGUGCUCGACCUCGAGGCGCUCGCGCCGACCGACCUGAGCCAGAUUCCCAGCUCGCUCGCGGCCGGAUCGGGCGCGCGCCUGGUUGUGCGCUCUGAUGGCACCGUCGCUGCCGUGUGGCUCGAGGCGGGCCGUAUCCGCUCUGCCGAGCUCAAGGCCAGCGGUGGCCUCGGAAAGACGAGCGACACGCUGCCUGAGGGCUCUGGACGCCGGUUCGCAGCCAUCCUUGACUCUCCCACUCCCGGCUUCGUGCUUGCGCAGGAGGAGAACGGCGCCGUUUCGAUCGUCAACGUGAACACCGGGGCCAAAGUUGUCGGCUCGUUUGAGGGAUCGCGCAACUCUGAGGACCACACCGGCGAUGUCUACGGCGGCGCGCGCGACAAGGCGGUCUUCACGCGCGUCUACUACGCUCCUGGCAAGAAGGAGACUGUCGUUCAGACCAUCUCGCUGGAUGCCAAGGACAAGCCUGUGGCGUCGCAGCGCGUCCUGACGUACGACGAGGCUUCGCAUGGUUCCGUCAAGCACGUCGCGGCGGACGCUUCGGGCAGCAUUGUCCUCACGACAGCGUCCGGCGCAGUUCAGUCUGUGAGCGACGGCUCCGUCGCGUGGACCCGUGAAGAGUCGCUCGCCGACGUCGUCGACGUGCGCUUCGUUGACCUCGGCGAGCCGGAGCUCGACGCAGCCCUCGAGACCCUUCUGGACGAGACGUUCGUUGGCCGCGUCGCGCGCCAGAUCUCCGACCUCCGCAAGCUGCCGGCCUUUGCCGCCCGCUUCGCGCAGCGCCUGUCCUCCGCCGACGUGGUGACCCGCACGCCGCCGCUCUCGCUCGACCGCCUCCACCGCGACCAGUUCGGCCUCCAGAAGCUGCUCGUUGCCGUCACGCGUGGCGGCAAGGUGUUCGGUCUGGACUCGGCCAAUGGUAACGUGCUUUGGUCGCGUAACCUGGGCUUGUUUACCGCCGACGGGCCAGAGAUCGAAGUUCACCAGGUCCACUUCACCCGCAACCUCAGCGAGGUGGGUAACCCCCAGGUCGCUGUUAUUGCCGCGCGCACGCGUGACGGCAACACUGCCACUGUUGGCUACCACGUCGACGCUUUCACUGGCGAGGUUGCUGGCGAUGUCGACGAGGCUCGUGGUGUGCCUGCCGGCAAGGAGAUCUUUGCUGGCGCACCCAAGCAGUCGUUCUUGACGAACUACAUCAACUGCUGCACGUCGAACCGCGUGCUCGCGGUCAUCGACAGCAAGGACCAGCUCCACAUCUUCCCCAAGUGCAAGAAGGUGGCCGACCUGCUCCAGUCGCAGUCGGGUAGCUUCUUCUACAGCCGCCUUGACGACGGCCGCACUCUCCGUGGCUUUAGCCCCGCGGCCCAGGGCGAAGGCUUUGUGUUCACCACCAACGAGCUGUGGACGCGCUCAUUCAAGGACCAGAAGGUCCUGGCGUCGAGCCCCGUCGCGCCAAGCAGCAUUGCGUCGUUUGGCCGUGCCCUCGGCGACAAGUCGGUCCUGUACAAGUACCUCAACCCGCACCUGUCCGUCGUCACGACCCUUACGCCGGCCACAGCCACGGGCCACGUGUAUGUUAUUGACACGACGACUGGCACGACAGUGUACGAGGUCGAGCUGGCCAACAUCGUUGGCGAGAACGUGAACGCUGCGCUGGUGGAGAACUGGCUCGUCUACACUUGGCUCGAGGGCCCCGGCGAGGCGCUGGGUGGCUGGCGUCUUGGCUCGGUCGAGCUGUACGAGGACGGCAUUGAGCAGAGCGCUGGGCGAUCGACGCUUGCGACCGUGCCCAAGACCAAGGCGCUCUCGGCGUCCUUCAUCCUCGACACCGAGGCGACCGCGCUUGCGUUUACGACUUCGCAGUACGGCGUGACGACCAAGGACGUCGUCUACCUCAACAGCCAGGGCCAGGUCGCGUCGUACCCCCGCAGCAUCCUCGACCCCCGCCGCCCCAAGGGCAAGCCGACGGCGGCCGAGAAGGAGGAGGGCAUCAUGCCGUACGAGCCCAUCCUGCGUGCACCGGCCUCGUUCGUCGUCUCGCACAAGUACCCCGUUGCCGGCCUCGAGUUCCUCACCACGGCACCCACACUCCUCGAGUCGACCGGGCUCGUGUUCGCUGGCGGCCUCGACCUCUUCUGCUCGCGCAGCGUCCAGCCCAGCGGCACAUUCGAUAUCCUCGGCGACGGCUUCAACAAGCUCCAGCUGCUCGUUACCCUCGGCGCCCUUGCGGUCGGCUGCGUUGUUGCCGCGCCUGCAGUCUCGCGAAAAGCCCUGAACAUGAAGUGGUUCUAG